AAAAAGAGGAGAGAGAUUGACUCUUAAGUGUUUGACUACUAGCUUCACCUCACUCCUUUCUCUGUAAUAACCACCACACCUUUCUUAUUCAGACCUCUCUCUAGGGUUUCGUUCUUCUUCAUGACGCCGUCAAUGGCGAGUAGUCUCUCCACAUUCCUCUCGAUUCUCCUCCUCCUCUCUCUCCCUCUCCCCUCAACACAAGACCUCGCCGCCGACAAAUCCGCCCUCCUCUCCCUCCGCUCCGCCGUCGGAGGCCGUACAUUCCUCUGGAACACCGAACAAACCACACCGUGCAACUGGACCGGCGUUGCUUGCGACGCCGACCGCGUAACCGCCCUCCGUCUCCCCGGCUUUGCCCUCUCCGGGAACAUACCCGAGGGUAUUUUCGGAAACUUAACAAAUCUCCGCACACUCAGCCUCCGCCUCAACGCACUAACCGGCACACUCCCCUUAGAUCUCGGCGCCUGCUCCGACCUCCGGCGACUCUACCUCCAAGGAAACAGAUUCUCCGGCGAGAUUCCACCAUUCUUGUUCGGUCUCAGCAACCUCGUGAGGCUGGAUCUUGGGGAGAACGAGUUCACGGGAGAGAUCUCUUCGGGGUUCAAGAACCUCACGAGGCUUAAGACUCUCUACUUGGAGAACAACAAGCUCUCCGGCUCUCUUCUAGAUUUGGGCUUGGAUCAGUUCAACGUCUCUAACAACUCCUUGAACGGAUCUAUACCGAAGAGUCUUCAGAAGUUUGAUUCUGAUUCUUUUCUCGGGACUUCGCUCUGCGGUAAGCCGCUUGGUGCUUGUAGUGAUGAAGGAACUGUGCCGAGUCAGCCUAUUUCCGUCGGAAACAUUCCCGGGAAGAGAAAGAGCAAGCUCUCCGGCGGAGCUAUAGCCGGGAUAGUGAUUGGAUGCGUGGUUGGCUUCCUUCUGAUCGUUCUUGUUUUGAUGGUUCUCUUCCGGAGAAAGGGAGACGAGAGAACAAGAGCCAUCGACGUUGAAACCAUCAAGCAGCUUGAGAUCGAAGUUCCCGGGGAGAAGACGGCGGUGGAAGCAAAUGAGCCAUCAACGGCGGCGGUGAACAGCUCAGGGGCGAGGAAACUAGUGUUCUUUGGGAACGCGACGAAGGUUUUCGAACUGGAGGAUCUGUUGAGAGCUUCUGCGGAGGUUCUAGGGAAAGGGACGUUCGGGACGGCGUACAAGGCGGUGCUUGACGCGGCGAUGUUGGUGGCUGUGAAGAGGCUGAAGGAUGUGACGAUGGCGGAUAGAGAGUUCAAGGAGAAGAUUGAGGUUGUUGGGGCGAUGGAUCAUGAGAACUUGGUGCCGUUGAGAGCUUAUUAUUGCAGUGGAGACGAGAAGCUGCUUGUGUAUGACUUCAUGCCUAUGGGAAGCUUAUCUGCUCUCUUACACGGAAACAAAGGCGCAGGACGGAGUCCACUGGACUGGGAAGUCCGAGCACGUAUCGCUCUUGGAGCAGCUCGUGGACUAGACUAUCUACACUCGCAAGACCCAUUGAGCUCUCACGGAAACGUCAAGUCUUCCAACAUCCUCUUAACAAACUCACACGACGCACGGGUCUCUGAUUUCGGCCUGGCUCAGCUCGUCGGCUCAUCAUCCACGACUCCAAACCGGGUUACCGGGUACCGUGCGCCGGAAGUUACUGACCCUAGUCGUGUCUCGCAGAAGGCGGAUGUGUAUAGUUUUGGUGUGGUGCUGCUGGAGCUGCUCACGGGGAAGGCGCCGUCUAACUCGGUGAUGAAUGAGGAAGGGAUGGAUUUGGCGAGGUGGGUGCACUCGGUGGAGAGGGAAGACUGGAGGAGGGAGGUUUUUGACUCGGAGCUGAUGAGUUUGGAGAGGGUGGACUCGGUGGAAGGAGAGAUGGAGGAAAUGCUGCAGCUGGGGAUUGAAUGUACGGAGCAGCACCCUGACAAGAGGCCAGCGAUGGUGGAGGUGGUGAGGAGGAUCCAGGAGUUGCGCCAGCCGGGUUCGGAGCUGGUGGACUAGACCAAUGGAUAGAGGAUUGAGAGGUUCACUAGUUGGAACGAUGAUAUGAAACGCCGACGUUUUUGGCGUUUGAUGAUGGAUGUCUUUGUGGAAUCUUUGUUGUUUAAAUUUAGUUUAAGAGUAUGGCGGGGAAUUAGAGUAGAGGUCGUUAAUUAGAUAUUCGUGAUUUUUUUUUUCUUAAUUUUAAUCUCAUGUGCACUAUGAUGAGGAAUUCCGUGUGGUUGUAAUUAUUAUUGCUUUUAACUUUAUUUCAGUAUUGUUUCAGCC